GGGAUCGGCAGCCCAGGGAGCGUGUGAGGUGUCAGGGGAUGUAGGGCUCUCCCACUGGUAAGCAGCCCGGGUUUGGGGCACUGAUUUGGGUUUUAAUCUCUAGAUGAGAUAAUACUGUCCCUUGAACCCCUGCCUGUUCCUCGUCUAUGGCCAUCAUGAUCCCUCUUCUCUUUGGCAGCAGUAGCCUCAGGGCAGUGAUGUGCCUGAUGAUGAGCAGGAUGAAGUUAGAAAUGACUCCACUGUUUUUUCUCUUUACUCCCCUGCAAACCAGCACUGUGUUGUCUGUAGUUGAUUUUGCUGUUGGCAGAGAAACCUCGUAUCUCCCAGGAUGUGCACUCCUCCUUUGCACCCUGUUCUCUGCUCUCCACCAAGUGUAAUAAUUCUAAAAAAAAAAAAAAAGACGACAGGCAACUUAGUAAUAGUGGAAAGCUGAGAAUAAUAAUCAGUAGAGUCAUGAAUCUGGCUGGGGUAAAAUGCAAUUUGUAAUUUCAGCUUAAUUUUUUUUUUGUAAGCAGAGCAAAAAUACCCCCCCAAUGGAUUGGGCUUGUGCCAGUUGCUUUUUAUUGUACACAUAAAUUGUGGUAAGAUUUGGGUUGGUUUUUUUUUUCCUUUUUGCCCACUUAUUCCUGCAGCUAAACUGUUUUUCUUCAAAAUUCUUAGAUUUUUUUUCUUGGUUUAUUGUAAAACCGCUUGUCCAGCCAUGGCUGGACAGCUACUUACUUUGGUUUUUGACCCCUCUGAUACGACAUCUUCGUAAAAUAGUGCCUGAGGAGUGGUUUUGGGUUACAUUCACAUUUUAUCUGUUCAGUCGUAUUAGCAGGAAUAAAACGACUUGUUUCUGUUGUACUUGAGUCUUACGAAAAGGUGCCCAUAGUUUAGCGACAGUUUUCAAAGGCUUUAGUACCACCUGUAUUCCAAAAUGGGGGACCCAAACUCCCGGAAGAAACAAGCUCUGAACAGACUUCGUGCUCAGCUUAGAAAGAAAAAAGAAUCUUUAGCUGACCAGUUUGACUUCAAGAUGUACAUUGCCUUUGUGUUCAAAGACAAGAAGAAAAAGUCAGCGCUUUUUGAAGUGUCUGAAGUGAUACCAGUCAUGACCAAUAAUUAUGAAGAAAAUAUCCUGAAAGGCGUGCGGGAUUCCAGCUAUUCUUUGGAAAGUUCCUUAGAGCUUCUGCAGAAGGAUGUAGUACAGCUUCACGCACCCCGCUACCAGUCUAUGCGCAGGGAUGUGAUUGGCUGUACCCAGGAGAUGGACUUCAUUCUUUGGCCUCGUAAUGAUAUUGAGAAGAUAGUCUGUCUCCUAUUUUCUCGGUGGAAGGGAUCUGAUGAGCCCUUCAGGCCUGUUCAGGCCAAGUUUGAAUUUCAUCACGGUGACUAUGAAAAACAGUUUCUGCAUGUUCUGAGCCGAAAGGACAAGACUGGAAUUGUUGUCAACAACCCUAACCAGUCAGUGUUUCUCUUCAUUGACAGACAGCACUUGCAGACUCCAAAAAACAAAGCUACAAUCUUCAAGUUAUGCAGCAUCUGCCUGUACCUGCCACAGGAGCAGCUCACUCACUGGACGGUUGGUACCAUAGAGGAUCACCUCUGUCCUUACAUGCCAGAGUAAGGUACUGGCCAGCAAAAUGGGGAAGAUCACAGAAUGCAGCAGUGGAUUUUCACUUUCCUCACCACUUUAUUCUUUCAGAAUUUAGAAGAAAAUGGACUCAUGUUCAGAACACUGUACAUUGUGAAACUUGAUCAUCCUGGAUUUUUUUUUAUCAUUUGUAUCUCAGAACUUUACCAUUUUUUUAGAUGUUUUCUGCAUGGACCUUGUGAAAGAGAGGAUGCUCUGCACACAUCUGCACUGCAUCAGCAUUUACUAAAAUGUGAAAUGAAGGGACUGUACACUGAAACAAAAGUAUCUGAAAGCACAAGGUGAUCAUCUGUGGUGGUGUUCCUGUUUGUGCUGGUCAUGCCCCCGAGCAUCUGUAACGUUAACCAUCGGUAUUUGGAGGUAGAGAAGUGAAUGUAAUGGGUAUCAAAGCUCUAUAGCUUUGCUGUUGAUGAUUGUAUCAAGAGCACUGUAAUUCAUUUUGAUGAACAGAUGAGUGGCUAUUACAAUAGGAAGUAAAUGCAGGAAAGAAAUCUUUCUUUAAAAAGCAUCUCAUUCAGUGUGCAGGCAUUUUUUGCCUCUUUUAUUUUGCUGGGCCAUGUCUGAGUUUACUGGCACUUCUGUUUUGGAUCUCUUUCCCCAAGUUGCUGUAUAACUGUAUGAAAGUAUUCUUUUGAGUUGGAUGCAUUUAUACAGAUGAGGCAGACCUGGAGUCUGAAGUUGCUAAAGCAGCUAAAAAUAAAGUAAAAUAAUAGCUGCAAAAACAAUGUUGGUGGAGGAUUAUUUUUUUCUUGAGAGUUGAUACUUGUAAACUUGCAGGUGAACUGUGCAGGAAAUACUGGCUUCUAAAACAUUUCUUAUGGAAAACCCAUUGAGGUUUUUUUCUUUUGUAAUAGACAUUAUAAAACAAUGUAAAAUAGUGUUUGGAGUGUCAAAAGUUGGUUCCGACAGAACAUUUUAAGAUUGUGCAAUGAUAAAAGGAAGACUACUGUAUAGUUUUGAUGACAAAGAAGGCUCUGCUUAAGGGUUGAGUGCUUUACUGGAGUAAAACUGCAUAAGCCUGCUCCCUUUGGAUAAAACUAGUGCUUACCUGUUUAAAACUUGUAUUUAGCUUUUGUUUGGAAUUGGAAAAAAUUGGAACUUAAAAUAAAUUAGGUGAAAGAUGA